UAUUCGGCCGACAGCUGUCUUCGGCUGCUGGAGGACCGACGUCGGUGUUUGUGCUUCUUUCGGGAAGAUGGCGGAGGCUGCGGCUGUUCCCCCGCAUCGGUUUUUCUGUCACUGUUGUAAGGGAGAAGUAAACCCCAAACUCCCGGAAUACAUCUGCCCCAGAUGUGAUUCAGGUUUCAUAGAAGAAGUAACAGAGGACUCCAGUCUCCUAGAAGGUGGCGCUAAUGGGAUAGAUGACACAGCCACACAAUUUGCAGAGCUAUGGCACCUCUUGUUACUGGAGCGGCCAUUUACAACAGACAGAGACAGUCCUGACUUAGAUCACCGGCUGCCUGGAGGACGCCUGACGGGCUUUGGUGAUCUGGCAGGGUUGGGAGGUGGAUCGAUCGGGGGAUCUGUCCCAACAGGUCUAGGAGGGUCCAUGGGGGGCCUGCUGGGAUCCGGGGAUACCUGGGGACAAGGGCGUCCGCCUCGUUUAAGCAGCCAGAGGAGAUACAGGUCCAGAGGCAGCAGUAGGCCAGAUCGCUCACCAGCUGUGGAAGGGAUUGUGCAGCAGUUUCUAGCUGGACUCUUUGCCAACUCUGGAGUUCCUGGCUCCCCUCCUCUAUCAUGGACGGGGAUGCUGCACUCCAACCCAGGAGAUUACGCGUGGGGGCAGGGAGGGUUAGACGCUGUCAUAACGCAGUUACUAGGUCAACUGGAGAACACAGGACCUCCUCCAGCCGAGAAAGAGAAGAUUUCUUCCCUCCCGACUGUCAGCAUCACUCAGGAACAAGCAGACUGCUGUAUGGAAUGCCCAGUGUGCAAAGAGGACUUUGCUGUGGGAGAACCAGUCAGACAGCUACCCUGUAACCACUUCUUUCACUCAGAUUGUAUAGUACCAUGGCUGGAAAUGCAUGACACGUGUCCAGUGUGCCGGAUGAGUUUGAACGGAGAAGACAGCAGCAGCCAGCCCUCGUCAGAGCCUCCCUCGCUGUCCACGGACCCCCGCACACAGGAGAGAUGGUCCUUUUGAGGCACCCGGCUAUCUCACCCUCCGCUUUCCAUCCAUCACCAAUAUCCAGCAAAAAAAAAAAAAAUAACGCUUCUUAUUUUCACCAUUUUCUUUCGGUUCCUGUCAUAAUGAUUUCAGUCUCUUGUAUAUUUAUUUUCUAUUUUUAAUGCCUUCUUCAAUCAUGUACCCUUUUAAAGACGUCUUAAUUUGUCGUGGUUUACUUCAUCUAUUUUAUUUGUCUGAUGGACCUGCCUAGAUUGACAUCCGUCUCGUCCUGUUCUUUCCCAUUUCCACCUCUCGAGCAAAACUUUGCUUUCAGUGCAUUGCUGCAAUACUCAAUACGACAAACGUUUUCCUCUUCACCGUUUUGAUGACAAGCAAAAUCCUGCAACUGAGCCCUGUAAGGCAUUAAGAGUAUUCUGAACACGAACACCCAUUCUGCUCAACGUAUAAUGACUGCUCAGUUAUUUUACACGGUGAUUUUUGCCAGGAAAACGUUUCUCUUUUAAAUCCAACGGUCGUGUAUUUAAUAGGAAUCCAGUUAAAGGGCCACAAGCUGAAGCUGUAACUUUCGACAAAAGGAAGCAUUUUUUAAGCUUUUCCAAUUCCUCUCAGUCUGAAACUAAAUGAACAGAGGAAAUUAUUUUUUUCUGCGUUUGGUCCUCUAAUCUGAUGCUUUAUAUGUCACAAACUCCUCCUGUUGUAUAUAUUAUAUACAAAUGACAUCCAUCUCAUCUUAGUCCUCUGUUCAUGGAUGAUUCUUCUUUUGAUUCACAUUUUUAUCACUUAUUUCGAUGUAAAUAAUUUUAGUCCUUCUACUUAAGGUUUGCAUAGAAAAAGAAGACAUUGAGAAUGGUGACCCAAAUGUGAAAUACAUGGUUUAUCAAAACUGUAUAUUAUAAAUAUGAUAAAAUGUUUAUGAUGUAUCAAUAAAUUGACAAAAAAAUG